AUGGUUCAGAAUCUGCGUUUACGGUUGUUUAUACUCUGUUUUUACCUUGUUAACACCGCGUCUAAAGCAGUCACGGAAGAUGACGAGAGAAAGCCUUACAUUGUGUACAUGGGAGAUGCAGCUGAGAAGUCUCAUGUUGAAGCUGCAGAAAAUCAUCAUAAUCUUCUAGUGACAGUGAUCGGAGAUGAGAGCAAAGCAAGAGAAGUUAAAAUGUAUAGUUACGGGAAGAACAUUGAUGGAUUUGUGGCAAGACUUUGUCCUCAUGAAGUAGAGAAGCUAUCACGCGAAGAAGGAGUUGUAUCGGUGUUUAAGAACACUCAAAGGCAGCUUCACACGACAAGAUCAUGGGAUUUUCUAGGAUUUGUUGAGUCUAAAUACAAAAGAAGUCUAGCGGUAGAAAGUAAUAUCAUUGUGGGAGUUCUUGACACAGGAAUCUAUAUCGACACACCGAGCUUCGAUGACAAAGGCUAUGGACCUCCUCCAGCUAAAUGGAAAGGAAAAUGUGUAACUGGAAACAACUUGACUCAUUGCAAUAACAAAGUGAUAGGCGCAAAGUACUUCCACCUCAAAGAAGAGAGUCAUUUCGAUAGCAAGGGACAAACCGCUGCGGAUUACGACGGUCACGGGACUCACAUAUCUUCCACAAUCGCCGGUGUUUCCGUCUCCGAUGCUAGCCUCUUCGGAAUCGCAAAUGGCACGGCUCGAGGCGGUGUUCCUUCUGCUCGUAUAGCCACUUAUAAGGUGUGUUGGGAAGAAGGAUGCUCGGACAUGGACAUAAUGGCGGCAUUCGACGAGGCGAUUUCUGAUGGUGUUGAUGUGAUAUCGAUUUCGAUCGGAGGAGCCUCGCUUCCGUUUUUCGAAGAUCCGAUUGCGAUCGGAGCGUUUCACGCGACCAAAAGAGGGAUCGUGACAACGUGUUCCGCAGGCAAUAACGGUCCUGCUCUCUUUACGGUUUCUAACCUCGCGCCAUGGGUAUUGACAGUCGCAGCUAACUCAAUCGACCGCAAGUUUGAAACUCUUGUCAAACUAGGAAAUGGACUCACCGCAUCUGGGAUUUCUUUAAACGGGUUCUCUCCAAGGAAGAAAAUGUUCCCUCUCACGAGCGGUUUGCUUGCGUCUAACGUAUCUGAAGGAGGCUAUGGAGAGCCAAGAACUUGUGAAUCCGAGACAAUGGCGGAAGAGAAAGUGAUGGGGAAGGUAGUUUACUGUGAAGCAGGACGUGAAGAAGGAGGAGCUCGUGGAGGUCCAGAUCAUGUUGUGAGAUCCUUAAAAGGAGCUGGCGUGAUCGUUCAACUUCUAGAACCGACUGAUAUGGCCACUUCAACUCUCAUUUCUGGCUCCUAUGUCUUCUUCGAAGACGGUACAAAGAUCUCUGAUUACAUCAACUCCACCAAAAAUCCUCAAGCCGUUAUCUUCAAGACGCAAACAACAAAAAUGUUAGCUCCUUCGAUUGCUUCCUUCUCAGCAAGAGGUCCUCAAAGAAUCAGCCCCAAUAUUCUCAAGCCUGAUAUUUCAGCGCCGGGACUAAACAUUCUGGCGGCAUACUCGAAGUUAACAACGAUAACGGGUUAUCCAGACGACAAAAGACAAACACUUUACUCCAUAAUGUCAGGAACAUCAAUGGCUUGUCCUCACGCAGCAGCUGCAGCAGCUUAUGUCAAAUCAUUCCAUCCUGAUUGGUCUCCAGCCGCAAUCAAAUCCGCCCUAAUGACCACAGCUACUCCAAUGAGAAUCAAAGGCAGUGAAGCGGAAUUAAGUUACGGGUCGGGUCAAAUAAACCCGAGAAGAGCGAUUCACCCGGGUCUAGUCUACGACAUCACCGAAAGCUCUUACCUAAAUUUCCUCUGCAAAGAAGGAUACAAUAGCACAACCAUCGGACUUUUACUCGGCGGUAACAACAAGACGGUUAAGGAAUACACGGUUAAGGAAUACAGAUGCGUGGAUAACAAGCGAGGGCUAGGAUCCGACGGGUUAAAUUACCCGUCGAUGCAUAAGCAAGUGAGUUCUACGGAGACUAAAGUUUCGGAGGUUUUUUACAGGACGGUGAGGAAUGUCGGGUACGGACCGUCGACCUACGUGGCUAGGGUUUGGGCACCAAAGGGCUUGAGAGUAAGGGUUGUGCCUAGGGUUAUGAGUUUUGUUAAGCCUGGAGAGCAGAGGAAUUUUAAGGUUGUGAUUGAUGGAGCUUGGGAAGAGACGAUGAGAGGGAUUUUGUCGGCUUCUGUGGAAUGGGAUGAUUCGAGAGGGCAUCUUGUGAGAAGUCCUAUUCUCUUGUUUCAGUCGGAUAUCGAUUACCCUUAA